GAGAGUGCGAGAGCGCACAGACAGACAGGAAUCAUGGAGAAAAGCUCGCCGCUCAGGAGGACUUUCCCACCUAACGUGAACGGACUGCGACUUUUAACAGCACUUCUCAGCUUAUACGGACUCACCUCAGGUGUGAGCAGUAACCAGGUGGUUGUUCCUGAGAAAGUGAAUGCAGUGCUGGGGAAGAACAUCACACUGAGCUGCAGAAUAGAAGUGGGCUCCAACCUCAGUCUCACGCAGAGCUCCUGGGAGCGUCGUCUUCCUUCAGGCACCAUUACCCUGGCAGUGUUCAACCCCGAGUUUGGGAUCUCCAUCUCUCAAGAGUAUGCCAAACGCAUCUCGUUUGUUUCCCCUUCUGUACGAGAUGCUACCAUUACCAUUGGAGGAGCCAGCUUUGCAGAUAUCGGGUCCUACAUCUGCAAAGUGGCAACAUUUCCCCUGGGCAAUACCCAAGCAUCAACCCUUGUUAAUGUAUUAGUGGAGCCAAAGGUCUUUGUGUCUGCCGGCCCCACAGCUCUGCUGGAUGGUGGGAAUGAGUCACUGGUGGCCACCUGUAUAGCGGAGCGUGGCCGUCCCGCCGCUGAGGUUUUCUGGGAGACGGAGCUGUAUGGGCGAAGUGAGAAGCAAAGUCAAGAUGAGGCCAAUGGCACCAGCACCACACAUGUGCGCUACAUGUGGCAACCGCAAAGCUACGCUCAGGGGAAGACGCUUACCUGUGUUGUGCGCCAUCCAGCCCUGCAAACAGAGUUUCGCAUACCUUACAUACUAAAUGUUCAAUUUGCACCAAUUGUAUCCAUAAUAGGAAUUGACAAAAAUUGGCAUGUGGGUCAAGAGAAUGUGAAGUUCACUUGUGGUGCCAAAGCCAAUCCACCCGCCCAUCACUUCGCAUGGAUCAGGUUGGAUGGAUUGAUGCCGGAUGGCGUUGAGAUCUCAAACAAUAGCUUUGCUUUCACUCGCCCGUUGGAGCGCAAUGACUCUGGAGUAUACCGCUGUGAAGUGAUGAACGACAUCGGUCUCCGCAGUCAAGAUGUAAACCUCUGGGUACAAGAUCCUCCCCCAACCACUGCCGCUCCCAGCACCACUGCAUCUCUCCUCCACGACACCUCUGGAACCGGCACUGCUGUGGACCAGCAGAGCGCCCUGUUCAGCUCCCCAACGCUGGCCUCCUUAUCUGACAGCAGCCUGGGUACUAUAGUGGGCGGCGCUGUAGGUGGAGUCUUGUUCCUGAUUCUCUUGCUGAUCCUUAGUGGGGCCUGCUUCAUGCGACAGCGCCGGACCUUCAGAGGAGACUACUACACCAAGCAGUACCUGGGACCCUCUGACAUGCAGAAGGAGUCUCAGCUGGAUGUGCUGCAGCCGCAUGAGCUGCAGGAGGUCUACGGGGACAAGACAAGCAAAGGCAGCCAGGAUCUGAAACCCAAACUCGGGGGAGACAUCAUUUACCCCGACUACACCCCUGAACGCAAGGAUAGGGAUGACUGGUCUGACAGGGGGGAUGCCCACAGGGGACUCAAGGAGGGAAACUACUACCCAGAUCACUACAACACCCAAAACAUGCACCCCUGCGGGCCUCCUGUGCACAGCCCCAUAGUGAACAACGGCUCCCCCUACCUCCCGGAGGACUGUUAUGACAAUGGUACAGACAGCGACUAUGUGUCCCACAUGGAUGGGUCUGUGAUCUCACGCAGGGAGUGGUAUGUUUGAGGGACGGAGCAAAGAAAAAAAAUGGACAAAUGACUGACUGAGAAUAAUUUAACAAGUGACAGAUAUAAAUAUCAUUACAGGUUGUGUCAUUUCAGUUAAAGGAUGAAUACAGAUUCUCAGCUCAGUUUCACAGUGAGCUCUUUGAAUAAUACUGCUCUUGCCUUGAUUGUAACCACUUAACCUUAAGGACGUGUGUGUGGUCUGUAUUACGCUUUUUGUAGCAUCUCAUGGAGCUACAAAUAAGCUGGAACGCCUCAGUGUUAUUAUCUGUGUAGGCUUAAGAGGCUUUGGCGUACAGUGGCGUUUCAACUGAUGUGAAUGAGGUUUUGUAUUGUGCUUGUUUGUGUUUGCACCUGUCUUUAACACAGGUCACAGGUCAGGUGUUCAGACCCUUGUUAGUAAAGUAUUUAUAUCCCUGACUGACUGAGCUCUGCUCCCAUAAAACCUCACAACUUUUGUGGCAUUUUGAAAAUGGUCUCUCGAUUGCUUGCCGCAUUUCCAUACACGUGAAAUGUUUAUCAUGGCUGCAAUCAGUAUUUAAAGCAAAUUGUACUGCAUGGUUUUUUGAAAAGCAAAGUGUAUCAUCACGUUAAAGGGAAAAUUGGUCAGUCACAUGAUUAAAAGGGAGAAUUACACAGGCAUUAUACUGAGGGAAAAGCAAAGUGACUGAUGCUACGUUACAAAAAACAAAAAAGCUGCCCCUUGUAAAACUCUGGUUAAGUUUCUUUGAGGCUUUUGCAAACUUUGAGUACCUUCUGUAGAUUUUUCACGAGGCUGUCACCUUUUAGUGAAGAUGACAACCAAGCUAAAGACGCACUCCCUGUGGAAGUGCUCCUACUUUUAGCUUCAAUUCAGCUUAUUCAUUUUACAGAUACCGCUGUUAUCCUUAGGAUUUCAGUCCCGGUUGAUUUGGUGACAUCUGUGGUUACAUUAGUAGCAGCAAGUGUGAUUUAAUACUGCUGCAAACAGCGCUUGAACUGCUACUUAAUCAGCAAUACAAGAGGAGCAACUGGUGCCUCGAUUUACAGUGCAACUAAACAAAGUCAGUCAGUAACAACUGCAACUGUGAUCUGAUUUCAUGCUGCACACUUUGUGAGCAUAUUUUCACACAACAGCAGGGCAUCAUAAAGCUGCUGAGGAGUUGGUGUUGUGCAGCCUGUCACCUGCAGCUCUUCAUCUAGCAGCUUGUUGUGGCUGCUCCUUAUAGUGGCUCGUAGCUCAUAGUGGACUUUCAUGCCAAACUCAGCCUUUUACGGCGGAAACUGUUGCUGGCAAAGGUUGGGGAAAUCUUUGUGGACCAACUGACCGAACAACUGACAGAGCGAGCAUUGGAGCUAAAAAAAAUGAUCCUCUGACAGAAGAAUACCAAAAAUGACCUGUCUUGUUUAGUAGACACAAUGAUCGUUUUUCUGAACGAUUGUGGGCUGUGCUAACCGAAAUGGCAAAUGCUUUACAUUUCCUGUGGGUGCUUCACAAUGAAAACCACCUCAUGUCUCUAAAGUCCGGUGCUUUUAAUGUGAAACAGCAGCAGCAGGAAAUGUUUGGUUUGCAUCGGCAGAAAUUUAACAGAGCUCUGACGCAGUGGAAAAGAAUGCUAACAGUAAACAGUGAGGCUGAUAUCAAGAUGAAAAUGUGCUGGACUACAUGCAUCAUUUCCUCUGAAUCCUUCGUGUUUAGGAAGACAAUCUGAAUCUAUUGUUGAAAUGGCAGACUCUGCCGCUGCCAGUAUAGAUAUAUAGCUAAUGACUGAAUGUAAAUACCUUAAGUGGUGAUUGCAGGAAAAAUGCUGACCAUAGAUGGUAUCAAAAAUGGGGGCUGACUUAAUGAAAAUCUUAAGGAUUCUAACUUUCACCAAAUACACCAUUAUCAUUAUUGAAAUGUGUCAACCCAGUCACUUUCUCCCAGUGAAAAAGCACAACUCUGUUAUUACAGUUGUCUGUACACAUCAAAGGAGGCCAACCGGGCCUCGGCCUUCUCAACUUAGCCAUGAUAACAGGCUGCAUCGCUAUAUUUUCCAUCUUCCCUUAUCCUCUGAUUUCUGUCUGUGCGACUAACACCAAUUGGUCAUUACAGUUUUUAUUUUAAACGGGGGAUCAAAGCAAUGUGUUAUAAAUACCAGAUGUGACUAUCACAGCUGUCAUCAUCUGACAUUAUGUGGCUCCAUGAACCACCAACAGUUUCACUGCGCCCGCUCAACACUCCACAGUCAUGAUUCACGAUGGUAAAUAAGCAAAAUACUUGAAAAAAAAGGUCAGAGCUCAGACAAAUGCCACUAAUAAAGUGAUCCUUCAGCUUUAGUUUGUAUGUGUUUGAAGUAGGAUUGGGCGAAUACCUCACAGAAGAGUUGGAAACACUGAGCGGCUGACAUCACUACUGAUCACAGAACAGGCUAUAAUGUUGGGGUUUGGCUCCUCAGCAGCUCCUCUGAGGAUACACAGCGAUCAUGGAAACUAGAAAUUUAAUCCACAAGUAAAAAAAAAUCCGGUUCAAGAACCAUCUAGGUUAGAGCUGUCUGUGUAAUGGCUCCCAAAGGGAUAUAUAUUUUUCCUACAAACAACAAACCCAGUGACAUUAAGUUGAAACAAAAGAGUUGACAUCAUCAGUGAUCUCAUCUCUCACUGCUUGAUUUGACCUUACACUUUUCCACUUAGUGCUUCCUUUUUUUGUUUCCUCAGGAAUGAUACAUGGAUCAAAGUGGCCUCUGCAAAGCCUCACAUGAAAGUGAAAACAUACCCUUUUUGGAAAGAUCCACGUUUAGUCAAUCAGGGUGUUUUGUUGCUAGGAGGAGGAACCAUAUAUGUGUAUUACAGUCAGAUCAGGACAAGGGGUUGGCUAUAUUUUGAGGUCUGCUUCUUUUUUAAUGGGGCUUCAUAGAUUGUGGGUGCACAUUUUCACUCUCUCUCUUUCUUUUUUUUUUUUUUAACCCUUCUCCACCCUCACUUUCCCAUGCCAGGGCUUUGGUCGAAGGUUUAGAUGUCUGAGAAUAAACUACUUUAAUCUCGCUCUCACUCUCAUCGUCGCACACACGCACCCAGCCGCCACACAUCUGCCACUGCAGGCCACGUUCAAAGAGCAGUCCUCACCUCAAACCGUGAGCUUUUUAAUUAACUUUUUUUUUUCCUCGUCGUGCUUGGCAACUCAAGUGCUCCAACUCGGUGAUUUAUAGCACAUCCGUGUCUGCGUGCACACAUCUUUUUUAAACGGCUGAUUCAUUGCUGUCAUCGUGUUUCUUAUUUGGUAAAAUCGCUCCAUGCAAACUGCUGUCGCUGCUCUAAAAAUGAUCUCUUUUCUGCUUCAUCUCUUGGAGACUGUUUGACAAAAGCAAAAUGAGCUGAAGUGAUGAAUGUUUUUGUAAAGUUCAACUUUGGUCGCUCACCAACUGACUGCAUGUAAAUUAAGUUAUUCGCUACCCACUAGGUUCAUUACUUCUCAUCACUAAUGUUAAUAUACAUGUACAUAAUGCUAAUAGGUUAGUGUAGGAUUAGCCGUUUGAUUUAUAUGUUUAUGUACAGUUUGUUCUGGACUCCCCUACUGAAGAGUUGGUGCCUUAGAUGGGCUGAGCAAUGCACAGAAAGUUUGAAAGCAUUAAUAUAAAGGAUAUUAAUAUGAAAGAGGAGGACUGACUGGUCCAUGAAUAUGUCUUCCAUCUUGAUGGAACAAAACAUCAAAGUAGACAAAAGGUUGAUUGUCAUGCCUUAUACACUUUGAAAGGACACAUGUAACAAGUUGGUUACUGAGAAAAUCGUAAUAAGUAAAGUUUCACUGGGAAUUUAGGCAAGCCAGAUUCAUAGAAAAUAAUAUUGUCCUGUAAAUAUGCUGGCUGUUUUUUUUUCUUUUUUUUUUAUUAUUAUUGAAAAAAAAUCUUAUUUUUUGUAUGAGGUCUGUAAUUUUCACAGAGUAUUAGUUUAUCUUAAGAGUGUUGGAGGAGCUCUUGUCUCAUGAUAACAUAGAGGGCAAUGCUGUUUUCACUGCAUUUUAUAUUUGUUCUGGAGAGUUUCUGACCAAUUAUUUUGUAUGUUGUUCUUUAAAUGAUUGAUGUGUCCCAGGAAUCAGAGAUGAAA